AUGACCAACAUUCGAAAAUCCCACCCCCUAAUAAAAAUCGUAAACCACUCUCUCAUUGACCUCCCUGCUCCCUCAAACAUCUCCGCAUGAUGAAAUUUUGGUUCACUACUAGGCCUAUGCCUAGGUAUCCAAAUCAUCACCGGCCUGUUCCUAGCCAUACACUACACAUCAGACACACUAACCGCAUUCUCAUCAGUCACUCAUAUUUGCCGAGAUGUUAAUUAUGGCUGAAUCAUCCGAUACCUCCAUGCCAACGGAGCCUCCAUAUUUUUUAUUUGCCUAUUCCUCCACGUAGGCCGAGGUAUCUACUACGGCUCCUAUACCUACUCAGAAACAUGAAAUAUCGGCAUCCUGCUUCUAUUUGCAGUUAUAGCAACUGCCUUCAUGGGCUACGUCCUACCAUGAGGACAAAUAUCUUUUUGAGGGGCCACUGUAAUUACCAACCUCCUAUCUGCCAUCCCCUAUAUCGGCACAGACCUUGUCCAAUGAAUCUGAGGUGGGUUCUCAGUAGACAAAGCCACCCUUACCCGAUUCUUCGCCUUCCACUUCAUCCUCCCCUUUAUCAUUGCCGCCCUAGUAAUAGUACACCUCCUAUUCCUCCACGAAACCGGCUCAAACAACCCCACAGGCAUUAUCUCAGAUGCAGACAAAAUCCCCUUCCACCCCUACUACACCAUCAAAGACGCCCUUGGCUUCCUACUCCUUAUUGCCCUUCUCCUCACUCUAGUCUUAUUCUCCCCAGACCUUCUAGGAGACCCAGACAACUACACCCCCGCCAACCCACUCAACACCCCGCCACACAUUAAACCAGAAUGAUAUUUCCUAUUCGCAUACGCCAUCCUCCGCUCCAUCCCCAACAAACUCGGCGGUGUACUAGCCCUAGUCCUAUCUAUUGCCAUCCUAGCCGUCAUACCCCUCCUCCACACAUCAAAACAACGAAGCAUAAUGUUCCGCCCAAUCAGCCAAUGCUUAUUCUGGGUUCUCGUGGCCGACCUUCUCACACUCACAUGAAUCGGAGGACAACCCGUCGAACACCCAUUCAUCAUUAUCGGCCAACUAGCAUCAUUCCUCUACUUCUCCCUCAUCCUAAUCCUUAUACCAACCUGCAGCCUAAUUGAAAACAAACUUCUCAAAUGAAG